AUGCUCGCUUCGGAGGCUGAGCCGCCGCUGCUCUCGCGGAUCGUCGGAGUACCACCUCCACCACCACCUCGAAUACCAUCGACCACUGCAUUACUUCGUAGACCUUCUGCAAAACUACCUACCAGCCAGAAAAAACCGCCUAAACGAGGCUGCACUGACGCGAGGAACAAAUACGACGAAAGUUCAUUCAAGGAGAAACAAGAAUAUACCAACCGUACUCCACUAGAAAAGGCUCGGCACCUGGACAAUUUACCGUCAUACCAGGCACAAAAACUACUCGACGGAUCGCAUCAACUACGUAUAGAUUCUCAUCACGUUGGAGCUCCAGGCCACGGCGCAGGCCACGGUCAUAAAAAGGAGUUUGGUCCUGCGAUGAUUCUCUACUACCUUGCAUCUGCUUUUCGAGCUCUCUAUCCACGUUUAGACGACGAUUUUGUUGACAAGCUUAACUAUUACUACACAACCACAAUAUUGGCGUCAUUCGCGCUCCUCGUUUCAGCGAAACAAUAUGUUGGAUUUCCUAUUCAGUGCUGGGUACCUGCUACAUUUACAGACGCAAUGGAACAGUAUACGGAAAAUUACUGCUGGGUACAAAAUACCUAUUGGGUUCCAAUGCAGGAGGACAUUCCUCGUGAAAUUUAUUCGCGUCGCAAUCGACAAAUUGGCUAUUAUCAAUGGGUACCUUUUAUACUGGCGAUAGAGGCUCUACUUUUUUAUGUGCCAUGUAUACUUUGGCGAGGUCUACUUUACUGGCACAGUGGGAUAAAUUUACAAGGACUUGUUCAAAUGGCAUGUGACGCUCGCUUAAUGGAUUCCGAAGUGAAGACGCGAACAGUCUAUACGAUGGCUCGCCACAUGCAGGACGAGGUACAGCUGACGAACAUCGACCGCUCGACGCGGUCUCGGUCUUGUUUCUCCAGCAUGCAAGUGGGAGUGAGCUGUGGAAAGCAUUGUGGUUGUUACGUCACGAUGCUUUAUAUUGGCAUCAAAAUUCUCUAUUCAGCAAACGUUCUCUUGCAAUUUUUUCUUUUGAAUCAUCUGCUCGGCUCGAACGAUCUAGCCUAUGGUUUCUCAUUAUUGAAAGACCUUAUGCAUGAAAUCGAAUGGGAGCAGACCGGAAUGUUUCCACGAGUAACACUUUGCGACUUCGAGGUUAGAGUUUUGGGCAACAUUCAUCGGCAUACAGUUCAAUGUGUGUUAAUGAUCAACAUGUUCAAUGAGAAGAUAUUUUUGUUUUUAUGGUUUUGGUUCUUAACAGUUGGCGUAAUCACUGUAUUUAAUACUUGUUAUUGGAUAUUAAUCAUGUUCAUUCCAAGUCAGGGGAUGUCCUUCGUUCGAAAAUAUUUGCGCGUUCUUGCGGAUCAUCCGGCGAAACCAAUUGCCGAUGAUGUCACUUUACGGAAAUUCACCAACAACUUCCUACGAAAAGACGGAGUGUUUAUGUUACGUAUGAUCUCAACACAUGCCGGUGAGUUGAUGAGCAGCGAGCUGAUCCUGGCAUUGUGGCAAGAUUUCAACAACGUUGAUCGAUCGCCAGCACAAUUCUGGGACGCUGAACAUGGACAGGGCGCACUUGACUAG